AUGGUAACAUCUACAACUAUAGGAGAAGCUGUCACUGCAACGGUAGGUGGCGCAACUACUAAGAGGACUAGUGUCGAUGUGACAUUUGUUAUAGGUGGUGGUGUCGGUAGUAAAUAUAUGGAAGGACUUGGUAUAGGUACAGGUGUCGAUGGCAGUGCUAGUGACAGAGAUAGACAAGCGGUGAGUCACUUCCCCAAAUCCAUGUUAGAGACAGGCUAUGAGACAAACACAACCACUUCAAACGUCUUCGAUUUUUUGCCACAGCCACAGCCACAACCACUUCAAACUUCAUUGCAUCUCCAAACAUCUCUUGCCACAGCCACAGCCUCUGAGUUCUUUGCUCCCAUAGCCAUCGCUAGAGCCACAACCACCGUCACUGAGUUCGCUGUAGCCCCAACCACUGCCAUUGAUAGGUAA